AUGGAGACGUCUCGGAUACAGUUUGUACAAUGGUGGCUAAUGACUGAGUUUGGCAGCAAGAAAGAACUGCAGAAAUCGAUUAGAUGGGAUACUAUACAGAAAAAGUCUGAUGUUUGGAGCUCAUUUGAUCAGGUUGCAAAUGCGCGGACUGGCGAGCCUAAGGUUAUGUGCAACCGCUGUCAAAGUGUGGUUGUUCACCCAAGGUUCAAUCGUUCUGGUCCCUCUCCCAUGAAAAACCAUCUUAAUAGUGCGUACUGCUCUCAGCCGCGGAAGACUACAAAGCAAAGCAUAGAUCAGCUUCUCCGAGAGAUGCCGCGUCAAUCAACAAGCACGGAAUUCAGCCAGACAACCCUCCAGAAGAAGAUCCUCAAGUUUAUCACGACUGCCCGUCUCCCAUUCCGCACUGUUGAGCACCCAGAGUUCAAAGAGCUUCUGCAAUACACCAGGCUCGCCAAAUCAGAGCUCAAUAUCCCGUCCACCCGCAGUUUAACACGUCUUUUGGAUAGUGAAGUCCAGGAACAGCAACAGAGCGUGCUCACCUGGAAGCUCUCUCUCUAUCGCACUUGA